AUAGUAAUAGCAAGAAUGUUAUGUUUGAACUGGUGCACGUAGAUUGCUUUUGUUUAACGAUCUGGGGAUGUUAUUCAGAUAUACAUUGUAAACGUCACUCUAGAGGUGGGUCAUGAAGCGUCUGACGAAUCCAGGUAAAAUCCAGUCUCUAUUGGUAUGGGCGGAAUGGUAAAUAAACCACGCCCACAAAUACUGACAAAUUAUAGCCACAAUUCGGACUCCCCAUUACAAUACAUACAAAAAAAAUAAUUUCUAACUUGACUUGGUGAAUUUAAUGUAAAGUGAACGAUCUCAUCAUAAUAAAAAAAUGCAAAAUAGCAUUUAGCAUUAGUUUUGUGGAAUAUUUGUACCACGUGCACGCGAGCGCGCACACACACACGCGCACAUUCAUCAAUCGCUUCUUGUAUUAUGCUGGUGCUGGUGGUAAUCUAGGCACCAUAAACCAGGAGCUAAAUCUGUCACUUCCUUUAAGUUGAGGGCUUUUGGCUGACAAGGAAGCCACAGCCCCUCCGGGUUUGUCAGCCCAGGCCCCACCACACUAUCCUCUGGAGAUCGAGCAGUCUUCCACUCCACAUCGACCAGACGGCCGUCUCGGAUAAUUGAAUAGCGCCUGUGCCUUUAAGAGUUUGAGAACAGCUUUCUGGAGGACUUCGCUGAGCGUCGCAGCGAAGUUAUCGCGGUGUCCACCACCACGCACACCCACAAGUGUCUGUCCACACCAACCCGACCAAACUGAAGGAACACAAGCGGGCUCCUAAUUCCGUUAGAACACAAACAGCGAGAGAAGCGCACAGGCAGAGACCCUCUGAAUAUGAUGGAGCGAGGUGGCCUGCUUGGUUGACCUAUUCCAGGUCCCAGUGAUGGACAUUUCUUCGCCUGCAUGUUGUGGAGGAGACGUUCCGGCCCUUCCCAGAACCCAUGUUGGUCGUUAUGGCAACGCUGGAUGGUAACACUCCAGUUGAGACUCUGCUGGCCACCAUCCACCUCGGACGAUACCUGGGCGCAUUCUGUGAUGCUGGUCUGCUAUUGGCCAGAGACCUCAACCACCUUGACAACGAUGCCCUGGUCAGCCUGGGUAUAGCUGCCACCGGACACCGGAAACGAAUACUGCGAUUGCUCAGCUACAUUCAGAGGAGCAAUGAAAGUUCAAUGAAAGAAACCCCAAAAGCCAACCAGAAACCAGGGGUGGAGCUUCCCAUAGACCGGUGGCAGUCGGAUUCAGACAUUCACUGGUUGGACCCGGGAAAGCCGCGGCCCCCUCCGAAUCCGAGGAGACCCGAUAACUUUGAGGCGUUGCGCAACAGCUCAGCGCCCAACCUGGCCGCCAUGUUGACCUCCUGCUCCGCGGACUCCCCGAGUGUCGGCGCAGACAAACCGGCCGGCGCCAAACCGGUGCCCAAACCCAGAACUGUGUUUAACCGACGCAGGACGGCCCCCGUACAGUUCCCCUCCCCCGGGCCGGACCCCCCGGCUCAACACCCCCGACGGCUCUCCACGGAGUCCAUCGGCUCGACCGCGUCGGAGGGUCCGAGCCCCCGCAGCCCCCGCCCCCCCCCUCGGCACAGCCUGGCCCAGGGGGCUCGGAGGUCCAGCUGCAGUUCGCUACAGUCGGACCCGGGGGGGGCGGUGCCUCCCGUCCCCCCCAGACUGAGCCGUGGGUGUUCCUCCGCCGCGUCGGAGGCGGUCUCCCAGUCCUCGUGUUCCGCCGGACGGACCGACCACAAACACAUCAUCGCCCCCCCCCCCUCCCUCUUCUUCACCCCCCCCUCCUCCCUCUUCUUCACUCCCCCUAGCCCCGACCGCACACACCGGCUCUCCGGAGCCUCCCCGUCCAUCUCGCCCCGGGGCGACGGGAUGGAGAUGGUCUCCAACGAGAUCUACUGUGGCACUUUACCUGCCUCCGUCUCCCCUAGUGGUGGGAGGACGCACUGCAGCCAGCAGAACGUUCCCUUGCCCCCGCCCAGACAACCGCUGGAGAGACGCACGUCUGACAGGAACAGCAGCAGCACUUUAAGUAACCGUUCCUCGGGGUCGACCAGGGCUUCGAAUGAAGACCUGGACCACGACAUCAGCCCAUACUGUGAAACCGUCUACCAAAGCAGAAAACCUCAUCCGAAUGAGGACCAGAGAACCAAGUCUAAUGGGAGAGAGACCAGGAGAGACGCAGACCAAAGCCCGGAGGAAAACAGGUCUCACAAGCUGUCCUGGCACAAGCGCCUGUCCCAGGCCCUCCACACCACCAGCCACACCACCGACGCCCAGGGCUACAGCACGGUGGGAGAGCCCCUCCCCCCCUCGGCGCCCUCCCACGCCCGGCCCGGCCUGUACCCCGCGGAGACGGACGAGGACCUGGUCAUCUCCCCCUACGCCAGCUUCACCUCCCUGUCCGAGCCCAGCGCGCCCAUCAUCUGCAGCUGGCUGGACAAGCUCUCUCCUCAAGGCAAUUACGUUUUCCAGAAGCGCUAUGUGAAGUUUGACGGCAUAAACCUAAUGUACUUUGGCAGCGAAAAGGAUAUCUACCCCAAAGGAGUUAUCCCAUUGGCUGCCAUCCAGAUGGCCCGUUCUGCAAAAGACAACAAGUUUGAGAUAGUGACCAACCACCGAAUCUUUGUCUUCCGCGCUGAUAAUGAAGUCCUGCGGCUGCGCUGGGUGAGCACCCUCCAGGAGCGCGUGAAGAGGGAGCUGGUGUUCGGCCGGCAGCGGUACCGCCCCGGGGCCCUCUGCCAGAAGCACGGCUUCCUGGAGCUGAAGGGAACCAAGGCCAGGGUGUACACCGCCAUCGCCACCGAGCACAUCUGGCUGUACAAGAGCGAGCAGUGUUUCCAGGACGGGAUCGGCAUCACUCUGAUCGAGGCCCGGGGCUCGACCAUCAGGGACGCCAAACACAAAAGCUUUGAGCUCAUCACUCCCUACAAAACCUUUGGCUUCACGGCGGACUCGGACCAGGAGAAGCGGGGGUGGAUGGAGGCGCUGCAGGAGUCCAUUGCAGAGACUCUGUCGGACUACGAGGUGGCGGAGAAGAUCUGGUCCAACCGCUCCAACAGGACGUGUGCCGACUGCAAGGCCGUCCAUCCCGACUGGGCCUCCAUCAACCUCUGUGUGGUCAUCUGCAAGAACUGUGCAGGGCAGCACAGGGGACUGGGGACGAUGGUAUCCAAGGUGCAGAGCCUCAAGCUGGACACGAGUGUGUGGAGCAACGAGAUCGUUCAGCUCUUCAUCAUGCUGGGGAACGACCGUGCCAAUGAGUUCUGGUCCCCACGUCUCUCCGUCUCUGAGGAGAUGGACUCUGAUGCCGUGCCUGAGCAGCGCCGCCACUUCAUCAUCCAGAAGUACCGGGAGGGCCACUACCGCCACCCCCACCCGCGCUUCAGCAGCCAGGACCAGCUGCUCAAGGUGUUGUGCACGGCUGUGACAGAGCAGAACCUCCUGAAGACCGUCACUCAGAUCUUCGCCGAGGCAGAGGUGGUGCGGUUGGCCAUCGCCAACGGUUACGACCGCCGCUUCCCCCCUGACCUGGCCGACAGUUCAGACCCGGGUGUGUACGAUGAGAUAAUGCAGGCUGUACUCCAUUCCGGGUACCUCUACAAGUCCGGCUCCUCGAGUAGAGGCACCCUAUCACGCAAGACCAGAGAAGAUUUCCAGAAGUAUUGGUGCACGGUGGACAAGUCGUUGCUCCUCUAUGAGUCGGAGCGCAGCCCAGACCCUUGCAUGCAGAUCUGGGUCAAGGACAUCCUUUGUGUCGGCGUGAGCAGACCCCAGACCAGCAAUAACAACAAUGGCUUCAUCGACAGGUUUCGCUACACCUUUGAGGUGUGCCUGAGCUCGGAGAAGCUGUACCAGUUUGGCCUGGAGACUCCUGAUGCUCUGCAGAGCUGGGCCAAGGCCAUCGGCAAGGCGGCUACACCUCUCAGCUGCCAUUGCCUGCUGACGCGGGAGUUUGAGCGCGUGGGGGUCCUACGCUACAAGGCCAUGCUGGACCCCCAGUGGAAGGAGGCGUACUUUGUGCUGCAGAAGUCCAACCUGUUCAUCUGCCCCGGAAACGACGGAGCGGCGGAGGACAUCAUCAACCUCAACCGCCUGCAAGAGCUCAGUACGACGUCAGAGAGUGAGCACCAUGACAAGAAGGACAUCCUGGUGCUGGUGGAGAAGGGGAGGACUCUCCACCUGCAGGGUAUGGGCCGGGCGGACUUCGCCCUGUGGUACUCGGACAUCCAGCGGGCUGCGGGGGGGAAGGGGAACACCCUGAGGGAGCAGCAGCUCAGCCGCUCAGACAUCCCCAUCAUCGUGGACAGCUGCAUCGCCUUCAUCACGCAGUACGGCCUCGGCCACGAGGGAAUCUACCGGAAGAACGGCGCCAAAUCCCGGAUCAAGCUUCUGAUGGACGAGUUCCGCAAAGACGCCCGCAAUGUGAAGCUGCGCAUCGGGGACAACUUCAUCGAGGACGUGACGGACGUGCUGAAGAGGUUCUUCCGGGAGGUGGAUGACCCAAUCUUCAUGGCCGAGCUGCACCCUCUGUGGAAGGAGGCCGCCAAACUCCCUCAGAAGUACAGCCGGCUGGACCGGUACAAGGAGAUCAUCCGCAGCCUACCCAGAGUCAACAGAACCACACUGGCUGUCCUGGUUGGACACCUAUACCGCGUGCAGCGGUGCGCGGACCUGAACCAGAUGUGCACGAAGAACCUGUCUCUGCUGUUCGCCCCCAGCCUCUUCCAGACAGACGGGAAGGGGGAGCACGAGGUGAAGAUCAUGGAGGACCUCAUAGACGAGUUCCUGUACGUCUUCGAUAUCGAUGAGGAGCAUCGCACGCAGAUAGAGCUGGAGAUGAGCCUCAUCACGACGUGGUCGGACACACAGCUCUCCCAGGCAGGAGACCUGAUCAUAGAGGUCUACCUGGAGAUGAAGAUACCCGACUGCUGCAUCACCCUUAAGGUUUCUCCCACCAUGUGUGCUGAGGAGUUGACCAACCAGGUGCUGUACAUGCGGAACGUCCCGGCCGGCGACAAAGACGUGUGGAUGUCGUUCGAGGCCAUCGAAGACGGACAGCUGGAGCGUCCCCUUCACCCCAAGGAGAAGGUUCUGGAACAGGCCCUGCAGUGGUGCAAGAUGGCCGACCCCAGCUCCGCCUACCUCGUGGUCAAGAGGGUCCCUAAAGGAGAGGGCAUCAACAUCCUGACAUCCUACAAGAGCGAGAUCAUGAAGUUCGGUCUGCUGAAGUGCCGCGAGGAGCCGCCCAAACUGCUCCAGGGCACCCGCUUCCAGGAGAGAUCCUUCCAGAUCAAGGACCACAAGCUGCUGCUGCUCAAAGACAAGAAGAGCAUUAAGCCUGAGAAGGAGUGGGCUCUGAAGACCAUGAAGAUCUACAUGGGGAUCCGUAGGAAGCUGAAAGCCCCUGGCAGAUGGGGUUUUACAGUGAUCUCAGAAAAAGACAAACACCAACUCUACCUGUGCUGUUGCUCUGAGGCGGACCUGUGGGACUGGGUGACCAGCUUCCUCAAGGCCCAGAACGAUGACCGCUGCCCUCCCGUGUUGAGACGUCACUCCUCCUCCGACAUCUCCAAGCAGAAGUUCGGCACCAUGCCUCUCGUACCGAUAAGAGGAGACGAGAGCAACUCCACCAUGCUCUCGGCCAAUCAGACGCUGAGGAAGUUGCACGCCAGACGAACACUCUCCAUGUUCUUUCCCAUGAAGGUGCAGCAGGACUCGGUGGAGGAGCGUCCCGAGGGCCCGCCCCCCCCCGCCCCCCUGGACCCCCAGGAGCCCGUCUACGAGGAGGUGGGGGACUUCGGCCUGCAGGUCCUCCACUCCCUGGAGUCCAGCUUCCUGUCGGGCCGGCCCCCCCUUGGCCCCCGCGACGUGCCGGGCCCCCCGCUGGGCCACCCGCUGGGCCCCCCGCUGGGCCUGGUGAAGACCUGCUCCCUGGACUCGGACCCCGGGCCCCCCCCCUCCUACCCCUCCGCCGGGGGGUCCCUGGACACGCUGGUCCAGAGCGGCGCCAGCAGCUGUGACGGGGACCCCGGGUCCAGCCACAGUCUGGACUCUCUGUCCGGGUCGUCCCCCGACUCCUCCGUCGUCCUCCUCCACCCGCAGGCGCAGUCACACCCCGCGGCCAGGAGGGGGCAGCAGCGCCAGGGGCUGUGCACGCCCUCGCAGGAGCUGCUGCUGCGGGAGCUGUCGUCCGUCUUCAACAAGGACCCAGAGAACGGGGACGAGAGACACUACGACGGCUGAGAGAGAGGGGG